UUGUGGCUUAUUUCAGCCUGUUGUAAGCAAUACAUUAGUCAUUUAGACGUGAUUAGAAAUGCUGUUAAAUGUUACUGGUAGAUGCUCGUGCUUUAUGUUAAAAAUAGGCAACUUGUGGAGCUAAGUCACGCAUUGACGUUAAACGUUCUCUGCGAAACUUUUGCAGAGUUGAAAAAAAGGAAACAAAAUUGCCAAAAUGGAGAGUCACGAACGGGCAGCGGCAGUGGGCGACGGCGUGCUCGACUUCUCACGCUUGGGUUUGAACACUCUGAGCGUUGACAGUAUCACCGACAGGAGGAAAAGAGACACCAAACAACUCUACCUGAACUACAACCGACUGGGCUCGCUGCCGUCGUCGGUCACCCUGUUCUUCAACCUCGAGUUUCUGGACAUUAGCAACAACGGACUUUCGUUCAUCUGUGAGGACAUUAUGCGCCUGACCAAGCUGAAAACACUUAUAGCCAAGAACAACCGCUUGGACGAGUUCUCGCUGCCCAAGGAGUUCGGCUCUCUGCAGCUGGAGGUGCUGAACUUUAGCGGGAACCGAUUCGAGGAGAUCCCGCUUCAGUGUACCAAACUGCUGCGCUUGCAGUCGCUUUCACUCGGAGGAAACAGAUUGAAAAGUAUACCUGCAGAGAUAGAAAACUUAACCAGUUUGGAGAUGUUGUACCUGGGUGGAAACCUUAUUUCAGCCAUUCCUCCUGAAGUAGCGAAUCUGCCCUACCUCACCUACUUGGUCCUGUGUGACAACCGCAUCCAAAGUGUCCCACCGCAGCUCACCAGGCUCCACUCUCUGCGAUCUUUAAGCCUACACAACAACUUGCUCACUUACCUGCCGAGAGAGAUCCUGAGCCUGGUGCACCUGCAGGAGCUCAGUCUUAGAGGCAACCCGCUGGUUGUGCGCUUUGUCAAGGAGAUGACCUACGAUCCACCCUCAUUGCUAGAGCUGGCAGGGCGCACCGUUAAGAGUCGAAAUCUUCUGUACUCCCCUUUUGACCUGCCUGCAAACCUGGUGCGUUAUCUGGACUUGGCCAGCAAGUGUCCCAACCCCAAGUGUGCCGGUGUGUACUUUGAUUCGUGCGUGCGCCAGAUCAAAUUUGUAGACUUCUGUGGAAAGUACCGGCUACCCCUCAUGCACUACCUGUGCUCCCCUGAGUGCACCUCUCCCUGUAGCUCCAACCAGCAGAGCGACGCAGAGUCUGAGGAAGAGAACAGUGUGCCUGCUGACCGCCUUCAGAGAGUGCUCCUGGGAUAAUACGACAUACGACCAAGAGGAACAUCUGAUCCUGUCCAGACAAAUCCUUGACAGUUUGCCAUUGUUUUUAUAAACUAACAAGGACCCUGAUUAAGACUUUAUUGGACGUAUUAGUGCUCAUACACAUUUUUAUUCCCCCCCCGCCCCCCC